AUGUCGAUGCCAACGAUGACCGAUGUCGAUAUCGAUCCGGACCCCAGCAUCUACACUGUCGGAUGGAUCAGCGCAAUCUCCACAGAACUAGUUGCCGCACGCGAGUUUCUCGACAAGGAACACAGCCGCCUGUCCAACCAAGCGCCAAAUGACAGCAACAUCUAUACUCUCGGCGAGAUGGCUGGCCACAACGUCGUCAUCGCAGUGCUUCCAGACGGCGAAUAUGGGACUAGCUCUGCAGCUAGUGUAGCGACAGACAUGCUGCGCACCUUCAAGAAUAUUAAAAUUGGACUGAUGGUUGGUGUGGGCGGAGGGGCACCAAGCAGGCGGGAUGAUAUCCGCCUCGGCGACGUCGUUGUCAGCUCCCCACGGGCCGGAAAGAGUGGUGUCUUUCAAUACGACUAUGGCAAGACCAUUCAGGGAUGUGAUCUCGAGCAUACCCGGUCCCUCGCCCCACCACCUCCAUUACUCCGUGCGGCAGUCAAUGAUUUAAAAGGACGGUUUGAGGCAUCUGGUCACCAUAUUGCCGAAGACAUUGAGGCCAUCAUCAAGAAUAAGCCCCGACUCGGAAGGAAUUAUAGCCGACCCGAACCAGACUCUGACCGUCUCUACAAAUCAGACUACAUCCACUCUGAUCCGUUUCUAAGCUGCAUAGAUUGUUGUGGUAACGGAACACACAACAUAGUCCAUCGGAGGCAGCGUGACGAGUAUGAAGACGACCCAACCAUCCACUAUGGGCUUAUCGCCUCGUCAAACCAGCUCAUGAAAGAUGCCCUCUUGCGGUACAAGCUCGUGGGAGAGCAUCAGGUUCUCUGCUUCGAGAUGGAAGCGGCGGGAUUGAUGAAUCAUUUCCCUUGCUUGGUCAUCAGGGGAGUUUGUGACUACUCCGAUACACACAAAAACAAGCGCUGGCAGGGAUACUCGGCUAUGACUGCAGCUGCGUAUACCAAAGAGAUCCUUCGGCUGAUACCUCCAGCCCGAGUCCAGGCUGAACAGUCGCUAGCAAUGUCUAUUCACUCAAGUUAG